CCCUCACGGCCGAAUGACAGACGUUCAGACCUAUGACCGAGCCUCCGCGUCCGCACUCAUCAUUAUUGGCAUACGCGAGUCCAAUACCGUGGUGCUGACAACCGUGUGCGCCGCAACAGAGGCAGAGAGGAACGUUUCUCUGUGGGAGAAGUUGGCUGGAGGUGGCGAAGAUGGCGGAUGGAGACAGUGGGAGCGAGCGCGGUGGUAGUAGUGGUGGUGGUGGAGGAGGAGGCGGUGGGGGCUUCCAGCACUUUCAGCGGGAGCAGGAGACCCAGGAGCUGGCGUCCAAGCGCCUGGACAUCCAAAACAAGCGCUUCUACCUGGACGUCAAGCAGAACUCGAAGGGUCGGUUCAUUAAGAUAGCGGAGGUGGGCGCCGGGGGCUCCAAGAGUCGCCUGACCCUGUCCAUGUCCGUGGCGGCGGAGUUCCGCGACUACCUCGGGGAUUUCAUCGAGCACUACGCUCAACUGGGGCCCAGCAGCCCGGAGCAGAUUGCGCAGUCGUCCGGCGGCGGUGACGACGGUGGGCCGCGGCGGGCGCUCAAGAGCGAGUUCUUGGUCCGGGAGAACCGCAAAUACUACCUCGACCUGAAGGAGAACCAGCGCGGGAGGUUCCUGCGCAUCCGCCAGACCGUCAACCGAGGGCCGGGAUUCGGAGUCGGCGGGGGCCCGGGAGCCGGCGUGCAGUCCGGCCAGACUAUCGCGCUCCCGGCGCAAGGCUUGAUCGAGUUCCGGGACGCCCUGGCCAAGCUAAUCGACGACUACGGCGGGGAGGACGAGGAGCUGAGCGGCGGGCCCGGUGCCGCGGGUGGGUACGGAGAGCUGCCCGAGGGCACCUCCAUCAUGGUGGACUCCAAGAGGUUCUUUUUCGACGUCGGGUCCAACAAGUACGGGGUGUUCCUGAGGGUCAGCGAGGUCAAGCCCAGUUACAGGAACUCCAUCACCAUCCCCUUCAAGGCCUGGGGUAAGUUCGGAGGAGCUUUCUGUCGUUAUGCCGAGGAGAUGAAAGAGAUCCAGGAGAGACACCGUGAUAAGAUGUACGAGAGGAGAGAGGAGUCGGAGGGCGACGAUGUGGACGAUGACUGAUGUAAAAGUUCAACAGGGGGAGAAACAAUAAGUUGCAUGAAUUGAACUCAAAUAGCCUAUUAAAAUAUUGUGGCAUAGCCUAAUAUUCAUUUGACAGAAACAUAGAUCUGUGAAGUUUGUAUGUGCUUUGGGGUGGGGAGGGGGGGUUUCAGUUGAUAUGAAGAUGGCCAUGGUUGGGCAAAUGAUGGCCCGUGACCCUGUGGUGCCCAGUCUUGUUAAACCAGCAAGUUUAAUUGUCUUAGUUAACAAUUAAACUUUUAUUACAUCAAUCACUAGGACUGCUUAAUUUGAAAGCAGUCAUUAUACGUGUGAACAUAAGGCUAUAAGGGUGCAAAAGAUUUAGAAGAAAGAGAAUAUAUAUAUAUAUAUAUAUAUAUAUAUAUAUAUAUAUAUAUAUAAAUAGUGUCACAGGUCUUUAUGGUAUGUCUCCUGUUAUCCUGCUCAAAAUGGGACUCAAAAUGUGUGCAUCAAGAAGAACUUCAUCAUUUUGUCGUAAUGUGACUAUACCGAUUAUUUUAUUUUGUGUUUUAUAGGCAGAUAUUCCCAUGGGUCUCCUAAGUUAUUGUUUUAAUUUUUUAUUAUUGGGUCUCAGUUGACGUGUUCAUCUAUGAAAUGACUCGGAAUGAAAUGUUUUAAAUACAGAUUGGAAAGUUUUGUCCCCUUAUUUGUUUUCAGAAGGCUAGGAUCUGUCAUGCAGUGUCUUCCAAAAAAAAAAAAAAAAUAGAGAGAUUCACUGCACGUGUUACUGUAUAGUCACACAUAUAUUAUGGAAGUUAAACACUUCCAAUGUUAUAAAUAAUAAGCAUUAUUGCUAUGGGGACCUUAGAUAUUUUGGAUUUGGGGUUGACUCGCAAAGUUUUUUGGGUCCAAAUCUUUAUUAAAUAUACGUUGGACUUAAGGUAACAGGCUAAUAGGUUUCCUCUAAAUAUUUAAGAACAGAUUUAUAGAGCUAUAGUGUAAUAACACUCCAUAUUAAGUUAAUAUAAAAGGACUGAGCUACAUGAGUGUAUUUUCAAAUGUUUUCCCUUGUGUACUUCUUUUUUUUUUAUGGAAACUUGUUCUUUACCAGAGAAUAUGUAAACCAGCAUAUUUUUGAAUACACAAAGUAAAGUUAUAUAUGAACUAAAGAAUUACUAAGGCUCAAGAAGCUAAUUUUGUAAAAAAAAAAUAUAUAUAAGCUGGGAUUGAAAAGUUGUCCAGUGUAUUUGUUUUGUGAAAGAUUAUAGCAGAAUUAAAAAUUAUCAAUGCAAUGCAUCUUUGAUCACAGAUUCAGAUUAACCAAACAAAACAUCAUCCUAUAAACUCCCCCUCCAACAAACUUUUGUGUUUACAGAGCACACGUCGUGGUGUUGUCGUUGUUUGCUAUAGAUUUCAAGUUUUUAGUUGUCUUUUAGUAAAGUCCAUUUCUCUCCAUACCGUCCUGCAAAUAGGCCUACACCUUUUAUUUAAUUUAUUGCUUUCUCUUGCAUAGUGUCACGUUUCUUCUGUUUAGCCGUUCACCAAACAUUACAAAAUAACUUAAGUAGACAAGUGCAGUAUGAUUGAAAACUACAUGGAGCAGUGUGAACGCUGAUAUGGUUUGACUACGGAUCAAGCUGUUUUGUGCUGAUGUGUGAAGACGUGUUUGACCUAGUUUGGCAUCAAAAACCUUCAGACAGACGAUUGGCAUGAUUUAUUUUCUACCAAGGCUGGUUUUCACCGAAUGCAUGUCCCUCUUUUCGCCUCUCCAGGCCGGUUUUCACAGCAGCUGUUUUUCCGCAACAGCAAGCUGACUUAGCAGGCUGGCUAUUUUAAUGCGAGAAGCGUGAAGAGGUUGAGCAUUCCUGCCCCGGUGCUCAUGGAUUCAGCUGUGGAUUUAAAUCUCGUGUGUGGGGAGACACAAGGGCUCGAUUGUUGAGCGUCCGCGUGCUGCUGCAAAUGUUAUUACAUCAGCAGAGCGCAUUUACUGCAAUUUAACGCUGCUGCAGCCGUAGAGCAAACCAGAAAACAUAGUUUGAUGCUUUACAAUUAAUAUUUUGCAUUUAAAUUUGGGCUUUAGUGGUUGAACGGUAAACCCAAAAUGUGACACAGCAGCUGUUGGCAGGACAUUCUUGCAUCCCCCCAAAUGCUCCCCCAAACUGCUGUUCAUCUUACUCUACAUCGAGUGCACAAUGCAAUAGUUUGCAGUUCAGUUUACUACGCAAAGGAGAUUUGUGACGUAUUUGCAGUUGUGUUUGUAGUGGCAAGUCUAAAUCUCAAUAACAACAAAGAUCAUUUUGAUGUUUAAUGGUGAAUGCGUUGCAUUGAAGAUGACUACAAUCUAAAAAUAAAGGCGCUACUACACAGCAAUGGCGUAGAAGAACCAUUUUUGGUUCUUCAUGGAAAAAUUUCUUACCUUUUUGAAACACAAAGGUUUUUGUUGUACCACAUACAAAAUGUUUCUCCUACGCAUGGCACUUUUAUUUUUGAGAGUUUUUUUCUUAGCGUAUAACCCAUUUACCCUCAUUAUUAUCCGCAUUUUUCUUCACUUUAAUCUGUAUAUAAGUGCAGGCAAUCCUUCAGGCUGCUCAAUGUCAAGACGGUGUAAAAUCUCACAGCACUUUUGAAUUGACCUGUCUAUUAAAGAUUUGGUCAAGCAGAAGCACCAGAAACGGACUUUCUUUCGACUGAACUUGGCUGUGUUUAUUUCAGAUGUAUUAUGUGAGUUAAAUAUAAAUAUAUAUAUGAGAAUAUGUGUAAAGCUUUGUGUUUUGUCACCGCCUUAUACUAUCAAUAAGAAAUCAGGGGCGGGAAGCAAUACUCAUCCAGACGGAUGGGAUCGUGAGGUCAUUUCCUGUCAGGGUCUUCACCAACUCUUACAAUUGACCGAUUUGUCUUCCUGUUUCCUGAGGUUGGGAUUUGUGCAAAGUUCUGUGGGGUGUCGCCAUGUGUCCGAAUACUUUUGAAAUGAACAAUACCUCUGUACGAAAACAUUGGAGAACUUUGGAAAGAAUGUCACGUUAUCUAGGUGACGCACCCGAGCUCUUUACAGCAUCCAUGUGCGAACCAGUUUUUUUAAACAUGGUUUUUCUCAUCAUCGAACAAUCUAGCUAUUUUUCCAGAAAAUAUAUAUAUACAUUAUGUUUUCAGCAGAGAUUUUAAUGUGAGAAAGCCCUUUAAACUCAGGUUCUUGGCAUUCUCACUAUAUAUAUAUUUUUGCUUGAUUCAUUUUCUAUGUUACUUGAUACUGAUGGUUAGUAAAGAGAGAGAGAGAGAUCACAUCGGAUUUCAUGGCUACUGCAGGACACUGUCAAGAGCUCAGGUCUCUGAUACUCAAAGUAUCUCCGCCCAUCCCACCAAGCCCCGCCCACAUGACAGACUGCCUCCAUUAGAACGGGUAGUCUUUCUAUUUUUCCCAUGGCUAAACCAUUUGUUUUAGUUUUUUUUUGGAGAUUUACAAGUCUAUAUUUAGAAAAUGCUAUGUAUGUUUGUAACAGAAUAAAGGAAAUUAUAAUGAUGGAAAGUAAUUUCA